AUGGACAACAUCUCCCAAGCCUUGCGAAAGGAACUCACCUGCUGUAUCUGCUUGAACUACCUUAUAGACCCUGUCACCAUAGGCUGUGGGCACAGCUUCUGUAGGCCCUGUCUAUACAUUUCCUGGGAAGAAGCCAAAACUACCCGUUGUCCUCUAUGUGGGGAAACAUCAAAGAAGACAGACAUUAAAUCCAAUAUUCUUGUGAAGAAUCUGGUGUCCCUUGCUAGACAAGCCAGUCUCUGCCAGUUCCUGAGCUCUGAGGAUCAGAUGUGUGGGACACACAAGGAGACAAAGAAGAUGUUCUGUGAAGAGAGCAAGAACCUACUCUGUUUGCUCUGUUCUUCCUCUCAGGAGCACGAGGCUCACAGACACUGUUCCAUUGAAUACGCUGUUGAGAAGUACCAGGAGAAGCUUUUAAAACAAAUGAGGUCUCUAUGGGAAAAGAUCCAAGAAAAUCAGAGAAAUCUAAACGAGGAGUGCAGAAUAAUCAACCUGUGGAUGGAUUAUAUAUGCCUACGGAGAGACAUGAUCAGAGAUCACUAUCGGAAGUUGCAUCCAGUUCUCCACAGGGAAGAAAAACAACAUUUAGAGGGACUGAAAAGUGAACGCAAAAAGAUUUUACAGCAACUCAAGAAAAGUCAAACCACAAUGGUUCAAAAACAAAAACAUCUAAGAGAAAUGUUUGAGGAGCUGCUGAAUUUGUGCCAUAAACCAGACGUGGAGCUGCUCCAGAAUUUGGAAGACACAUUGACAAGGAGUGAGUCUGUGCAACUGCACAUGCUCCAGCCGGUGAACCCAGCGCUCAGUGCCAGGCCCAUCACUGGACUGAUAGACAGGUUCAACCAAUUCCAAGUGAACAUUUCCUUGAAUUAUGAAACAAGCAGUCACGAUAUCAUGCUGUCUGAUGACGUGAGAAGUUUGAUAUUUAGACAUGACCUUCAAGAGGUGCCUUUUCCAUCUGGAAGAUCCAACUACUUUGCUACAUGGGGAGCCCAGGCCUUCACCUCUGGAAAACACUACUGGGAGAUGCAUGUGGACAGCUCUUGGGAUUGGGCUAUAGGGGUCUGUAAGGAUACUUGGCUAAGGAAGAACUGCUCAGUGAUUGAAUCUGGGGACACAUUUCUUCUUUUAUGUGUGAAGGGGGAUAAUGGUUACCAUCUCUUCACCACCUCCCCAGUGCUUUCUCAGUACAUAGAGAAACCUCUGGGGAAGGUUGGUGUGUUUGUUGAUUUUAACAGUGGAAGUGUGAGUUUUGUUAACGUUGCCAAAAAUUCCCUCAUAUGGGAAUACCCCGCUUACUCCUUCAAUUACUCGCUCCGGCCUUUUUUUUGCACUGGCCACACAUGAUCAUGGAGAAGUGAUGCACUUGGGAACUCCAUAUCUGAAGGAGCCCACACAUGAUCAUGGAGAAGUGAGGAACUUGGGAACUCCAUAUCUGAAGGAGCCCGUCUCAGUUGAAGCUGA